CAAGCUCAUUCAAUAUUAUUGCAAGGAGAAGACGAAGAAGAAGAAGAAGAAGAUCAAACGUUUUAUAAAAAUGGAGAAAUACUCAGGGAUUCUUCUUCUUCUUCUUCCGAUAUUGAUGAGUUUUGUUGCAGUGAGCUUGAAUGCAGGUUAUGCAAACGCCGCAGUGUUUUUGCCACCGGAGGAUAAACCAUUGGUGAGACAUUACUAUAAGAAGCUAAAUACAUGUGCCAAUGUGGAACCAUUUGUUCAACAUCAAGUGAAGCUCUAUUGGGACAAGGAUAAGACUAUUACUGCUAAACUCCUCAAGUUACUCUAUGCUGAUUGCAUGGUUAAUGGUUGCGAUGCAUCAAUUCUACUAACGGGUCCAAACACAGAGAGAAAUUCAUCGAAAAAUGCAAGGCUAGAUGGAUACUUGUUGAUCGAUAAAAUAAAAAAAGUGCUUGAAAUUCGAUGUCCUAGAGCAGUUUCUUGUGCUGAUAUUCUCAAUCUUGCUGUUAGGGAUGCCGUCCAUUAUGCAGGUGCACCAUCUUAUCCAGUGUUCUUGGGAAGAAGGGAUGGAGUGGAGUCAAAAACUGAAUGGAUUGAUUAUCCUUCACCUUCAAUGUCUUGGGAGGAAGGACUUGCUUACUUUGAAUCCAAAAAUCUUGAUGUUCAAGACUUUGUCACACUUUUAGGGGCACAUACAAUGGGACAAGCACAUUGCAGCUCCUUCUAUGACCGCCUUUACGAUUUCAAAGGUACCGGAAAACCAGACCCCAGCAUGAAGAGAUCUGUGUUAGUAAAGCUAAGGGAUCAAUGCCCUAAAAACAGCAAAAAUGAUUCACCUGUUUAUUUCACAGAAGAAUAUGGUUCUAACUAUACAUUCAGUAACAAAUUCUACACUAAGGUUCUUGUUCAUGAAUCACUUCUUAGAGUUGAUCAACAAUUAUCUUAUGGAGGUGAUACAGGUGAACUAGUCAAUGAAUACGCAAAGAGUUUGGAGCAAUUUCGAAGGGGAUUUGCAUUAUCGAUUAGUAGAAUGGGAGGUCUUAAAGUGUUGACUGGUAAAAAUGGCGAAAUUCGCCAAGAUUGUAAGUUUACAAAUAAGAACAAUCCUAAUAUCAAUUAGGUUUGGAGGGUGGAUUCUCAAAUGUCAUACAUAAUAAUAAGUCAUUGAAUUUUCAUGAAGGACAAUGUAUUUUGUAAUAAUUGAAG